AUGCUGGGUGAUUCUAAACCAAUGAUUUGUAAUUACUGCAAGUGCUCUGGACUCCAGGGCCUGAUGCCGAUUGCGACAAGGCCGGCGACAAAGCAGCGGGCAUGGCACAGGCUGAUGAGGCAGGCGGUGGCCCAGCAGGUCCAACAGCUCCAGGUCCAGCCGAGCCAGCGCAUCCAGCAGGUGGUCCAGCAGAGGGUCCAGCAGGUGGUCCAGCAGGUGGCCCGGCAGGUGGUCCGGCAGGCGGUGGUGCAGCAGGUGGCGGUCCAGGUGGCGGUCCGCCAGGUGGUCCUGCAGGUGGUCCAGCAGAGGGUCCGGCAGGUGGCGGUCCGGCAGGUGGCGGUCCGGCAGGUGGCGGUCCGACAGGUGGCAGUCCAGCUGAUGGCCCCACAGGCACAGGCGCAACGGGCAGGGUCACGCACGGCCCCAAGGAUGGUGCGCCCGACAGCGCCGGCAGCGAUCCAGGGAGAGCCAGAGCUCCAGGAGGCAGCGUCGUCGGAGCUCCGGGAGCCAAAGAUCCAGCCGGCAAAGUCGCGGGCCUUACGCAGGGAUCGGAAGAUGCCAGGGAUCGCGGGCGAAGUUGGAAUAUGUAGGGGCCCUUUGCCUGUUCAUCCGGGACGGGUAGCUUGGGGUCUAUCCAGUGCUAUAUCGGCGAUAGGAAAAAGUACCUGCCAAACCCUAAAUCCUAAACCCCCCCAUACAACUUGUCGAGCCCCCGGCAGUUGCUGGAGCGCUGCCUGGGAGGAGGCUUUAGGGUUUGGAGACUGGCACGGUUUCUAG